AUGCGGAACUUCAACAUGCGCUUCACCAUCGUCGGAGCUGCUUUGCUCGCAGCCGUCCCUACAGUAGUUGGUGGUGGACUCUGGUGCUCACGCUAUAGACUCAGCGACGAGAUAACCCCGGGAGGACGCCUGAGUUCCUUCGAAGAGCAGAUGAAGCUGCACAGGUGCAUCGACGAGCUGAUCCUAGGUACCGGAUACCAUAAAGGGUGGAAGGAUCGUCAGGAAUGCGCCGGGUAUGAGUUUUUGUUGGGUGGCAUCUCCUGGCAGAAUUUCGAAGACUGCUGGAAGGCAUGCUCGCAGUGCCUUCAUAAUGGCGUUAACGACGGCUAUCCGGUGGUCCUCUGCGAGAAGCACGAAGUCUUUGCAAUGCUAUUUCGACUACACGCCGGUGGGCCGCAGCCAGGGGGAUCUGAUCGCGGCGAACACCUCGAUGGAUGA